UGAAUAUAUCCGUGGAAUAUGUUAUAGAUUUACGGUUGAAAACAGAGUUACGAUUUCUCUGUUUUGGACGUUAAUGGGUUAAUUGCUUGAAUGUACGAGGGCAAAAAUUGCCUGAAUCCGCGAGCUCGGGUACGAGGUUCGCGAGAUUUGGGAAUGCGAGUUCGAUCGCGUAAAACGAGAGAAUCCCAAGAUUGCUCGUUAUGUCCGAGAACAUCUGCUAGCGAGUAAAAUCACGCUGAAUCAUCGAAAGGCGUUUUUCGGUGAACGUACGGAAAAUUUUCUCGGCAAGUACGACGCCAAGGAUGAAGAAAGUAUAAAGUACAUUGAUGUAUGCUCGUUAUAUCUAUAUGUUUGUAAGCGUAAACGGUUUCCCGUAAGUCACCCGACAAUUUACGUGGGCAGUGAGUGUGAUCAGUUGACAAACGGUAUGCUUGACAAUUUUACAGGUAUAGAAGGUCUGAAUAAGUGUUUCAUUUAACUACCGCGCGAUCUAUUUUUAUCCCAAUUAUUUGAAAAAAUAAAUGGCAAACUAAUGUUUGUGCUGUGUUGUACUUGCUGUGAGAAAUCACGGCAAGACAACGAGUGCAAUUGCAAGAAUCCAAGCAAUUGCGAGUUCUAGGGUACGUGGAUCGCCGAUGAGCUCUGUAAACCGAUAGAGCUUAGUUAUCGAGUUACAGCCAUACAUGUUAUAUGGCAGUACAGUAUAACCGAGCUUGAUCAAGCUACGGGCGAGGGUGGACUCUUCAGCAAGUACAUAGAUACAACAAGCCUCGGGCUUUCCAGUGUGGUGUGUUGACGAGACGGAACAAGAUCGGUAUAUUUGCGAAUACCAAGAAAAAAGAGCGUCCUUCUUGAGAGCGAAAAGAUCGUUAAAAAUCCGGGGCUGCAUUUACUGUAUUCUUCUUACUCUGUAAAAAUUAAUUAUGGUAGUAUUAGGGGAACGAUUAAGCGAUAUUUCGAUUAGCGUGAAAUAGAUGAAGAUGAUGACGAGACGAAUGAAAGCAGUAAUAUUAAGAUAAAAUUUAACGCUAUAAGGCGAAUGAUAGAUCAUAGUGUAGUAACGCGCAGUGAGACUAAGACUUCUAGUAUAGUAUUAACAAGACAUAUGUAUGUUCCUUCAGGAGUGUCGUCACCUUAUGGUUAUAAGAAAUAACAAUUUAUGUAUGUGUGUGUGUGUAACAAAUAAAUUAAUUUUAAGUAUAUCAUAGAGUUGUAAGUUUUUGUAAAUAAUAAAAAAAUGCGUAUAUUUUGUUUUGAUAGACUGAAAGUUUUCGUAUCAAGUGGCGCGGUAGCGCCACGAAGGCGAGUUUGAAAAGCAGACGAAGCCGCGGCGCCGCGACACUAUUUACUUCUAUAUUGGCGUUCGGAUUUUAUAGUAUCGUAAAAAAAUGCAUAUUAUUACUGUUUUCUAUUAAAUUAUUGAAUCAUUAGCAUGUUUUUGUGCUAAACUAUGAUUCUACCAAGAAUAUUGGAAAAAAAACUGUUUCAUUUUCAAAAUAAAUGGAUGUGUAAUUCUCGAAUGCUCAAAUCAUCUCUUUAUUCUCCAGACAAAAAUGUUAGGACCGUUAAGUUAGCCGCGAAUGUAGUGUAGUUGAAAAUUGAUUAUUCAUUAUUGCUUUUUGUCAUUUAACCUGCUGUAAAAAUUGUAGCUUAUAUCAAGUGGCUUAUGUUUUAUUACGAUUUCCAUUAAAAAUAUUAGUAAAUAUUUAUGUAAUUAUUACGAUGAACGAUGUGUGAUUUUGCGAUUCUCCAGACCGAAAAACGUUAGCACCGUGAAGUUUGUCACUUAUGAGCUAUAUGUAUUGGAUAUUGCUUUCCCACACACUUCUAUCAUAUCAAGUGGCGCGGAUUAUUAUGCUAGUCAUUGUAUCCAGUAUCGCAUCUUUACAAUAGAUAACAAUUUUAUCUAUUAAUUAAAAUAAAUUGUUUUUUACUAAGAGGAUUAUGGCGUCCUUUUUUACAACAAAUGAGGAAAUGUUGCAGUUUGAAGAUCGAGAUGCGACCACAAGCAUGAUAGGUUAUGUCGAUUUCAUUACGGCACCUACUCCAUCUGGCAAAGAAAAUACUCCUUUGUUAAAAUUCACUUUAACAAAUGGUAGUAAAAGAAUUGACAUUCUCAUAUGGGACGAUGACAAUGACCUUAUCAACAAAUAUCAGAAGGACAUAUGUAUUAAUAGGAUUAUCAAUAUUAAUGGUGGUCACUGUCGUGCAACAAAGUCAACAAAGUUCCAUCAAGACAACAACCUCGUACCGUUUGAAAUAUUAGUCAAGGAAAAUACCACAAUCCAUUUCUUGGGGUAUCAUACAUUGAAGAGUUCAGCGACAGAACAAGUGCAAAAAGUCUCUUUUGAUACUAUCCACAACAUAGAAGGACUAGUUGAAAUUUCAGGUUAUAUUAGAACCCCAUUUUCCUUAAUUUAUAAUCGAACUGGCCUCAUGAGUUAUGGCUUAAGUGCUAUAACAGAUGGGCAGAAGAAGCUUACGGUUCAAGUAAAGCAGUUUUUGCAGUCCAAACUUGAGUUAGGUGAUUCUGUUACAGUAACAGGGACAGUAAAGGGGCAAGAUUCCCUCGUCAAUUUUCUGUGAUAGUAUGGAUCAGGUAAAGUUAAAUCCUGAAGCUGUGCCAAUGACCGCAGAAAAGCUUCAACGGGGAUGUAGACCAGUUAAACGGAUUAGACCACAAUAGAAAUUUUAUGUGCUAUUAUAGAAGAUUAUCAAUCUUUAUUUUAUUUUUUUAAGUAAAUAUUUUUAGUUUUUUGUUAAAACAGAUUUAAAUAAUAAUGCAGUAAUUCACUGUGCAAGUUUAAGUAUUAAAAUACUUGUGUUUAACAAAGCAAAAUAGUUCCUAAAUAUAAAAGAUCAGAGAUUUAUUUAUAGUUAGACUAAUUACAUUUAAUGGAGUGCGCGUCAAAAUAAUACUAAUUAUGUAUAAAAGAUAUGUCAGACACUUAUAAUUAGUAUUAUUUAUCUUUAAAAGAUGUAUUAAAUUGUAACUACGACACUAUGAUACAUGAUAAAAUGUAUUAGUAGUUUUAUGUGCAGACGUAUUCUGCUAUUCCAUAUGUGCUUUUAAGAUUCUAAAGUUUAUUCACACAUAGAUAUCAUUUUAUUAUAACUUUUGUAAUGAUACGACUUAGCUUGAAUUAAAAGUUCAGGAAAUAUUUUGUUAGAGUGAGACGAAAGACCAAUUUCAGUAAAAUAUAUAGUGUAAAAUCAUUUUUCAAUGUAACUACGAUAUUAUUAUGAUGAAAAUGUCAUACUUUAAUGUUAUAAGAUGUUAAAUCUUUGAUUUCAUGUACUUUCAUACUUUUAUAUUAUUACAUGUAUUACAAUAUUAGAAAAAAGAGAUUUAUUAUUUUUAUAAUACAAAAAAGUAUAUGAAAAAAGAAAUGAAAUCUCUAAAAAAAAACUUUUAACAAAAGUAAAAAUGUUAGGCAAGUUUGAUGUUUUGCGUAUCAUUAUGCAUGUAAAUAACAUAAUGUAACACAAUAACAUAUUUUUUGUUUACAAUGAAAUUACAGAUAAAAAAGAAAUGAGAUCUAUAAUAAAAAA